CUAGGUUUUGCAGCAACCCUGGAUGAUGACAAACCUUGGUACUCCAUUUUUCCCAUUGACAAUGAGGAGCUAGUAUAUGGACGCUGGGAGGACAAUAUCAUUUGGGAUGCUCAGGCCAUGCCCCGGCUCUUGGAGCCUCCUGUUUUGACACUUGAUCCCAAUGAUGAGAACCUCAUUUUGGAAAUUCCAGAUGAAAAGGAAGAGGCUACUUCUAACUCCCCCUCCAAGGAGAGUAAGAAGGAAUCAUCUCUGAAGAAGAGUCGAAUUCUGUUAGGGAAAACAGGAGUCAUCAAGGAGGAACCACAGCAGAACAUGUCUCAGCCAGAAGUGAAAGAUCCAUGGAAUCUCUCCAAUGAUGAAUAUUACUACCCUAAGCAACAGGGUCUUCGAGGCACCUUUGGAGGAAAUAUUAUCCAGCACUCAAUUCCUGCUGUGGAAUUGCGGCAGCCCUUCUUUCCCACCCACAUGGGGCCCAUUAAACUACGGCAGUUCCAUCGCCCACCUCUAAAGAAGUACUCUUUUGGGGCACUAUCUCAGCCAGGUCCCCACUCAGUCCAGCCCUUGCUAAAGCACAUCAAAAAGAAGGCUAAGAUGAGAGAACAAGAGAGGCAAGCUUCAGGUGGUGGAGAGAUGUUUUUCAUGCGCACACCUCAGGACCUCACAGGCAAAGAUGGAGAUCUUAUUCUUGCAGAAUAUAGUGAGGAAAAUGGACCAUUAAUGAUGCAGGUUGGCAUGGCAACCAAGAUUAAAAACUACUAUAAGCGGAAACCCGGAAAAGAUCCCGGAGCCCCAGAUUGUAAAUAUGGAGAAACUGUUUACUGCCAUACAUCUCCUUUUCUAGGCUCACUCCAUCCUGGACAAUUACUGCAGGCAUUUGAGAACAAUCUUUUUCGUGCUCCAAUUUAUCUUCAUAAGAUGCCAGAAAGUGACUUCCUUAUCAUUCGCACAAGACAAGGUUACUAUAUUCGGGAAUUAGUGGAUAUUUUUGUGGUUGGACAGCAGUGCCCCUUGUUUGAAGUUCCUGGGCCCAACUCCAAAAGGGCCAAUACACAUAUUCGAGACUUUCUCCAGGUGUUUAUUUACCGCCUGUUCUGGAAGAGUAAAGAUCGGCCACGGCGGAUCCGAAUGGAAGAUAUAAAAAAAGCCUUUCCUUCCCAUUCAGAAAGCAGCAUCCGGAAGAGGCUAAAGCUCUGCGCUGACUUCAAACGCACAGGCAUGGACUCAAACUGGUGGGUGCUGAAGUCUGAUUUUCGUUUACCAACUGAGGAGGAGAUCAGGGCUAUGGUGUCUCCAGAGCAGUGCUGCGCUUAUUAUAGCAUGAUAGCAGCAGAGCAGCGGCUGAAGGAUGCUGGCUAUGGUGAGAAGUCCUUUUUUGCUCCAGAAGAGGAAAAUGAGGAAGAUUUCCAGAUGAAGAUUGAUGAUGAGGUACGGCUUUAAUCUUCAUUGGUACAUCCCAUUUAUCCUUUUUUUUUAAAA